AUGGCACUCCUUACCUCUGAGUUUGCUAUGAAGGAUUUGGGUCCAUUGUGUUAUUUUUUUGGCAUUGCCGUGACCAAACACAUCGAUGGACUAUUUCUUAGUCAGAGUACCUACGCUGGUGAAAUUAUUGCCCGAGCAGGCAUGGCCUCGUGCAAACCUUCUACUACUCCAGUUGACACCAAACAGAAGCUCGUGUGUCUUCACAUGCUUGCUCUCAAACGCAUCUUGCAUUAUGUUCAGGGCACCCUACACUAUGGUUUGCAUCUCUAUCCAUUCCCUAUUGAGAAACUUAUCUCCUAUACUGAUGCUGAUUCGGGUGGAUGUCCUGACACCCGUCGUUCUACUUCUGGCUAUUGUGUAUUUCUUGGUGAUAACCUCAUUUCCUGGUCUUCCAAGAGACAACCCACACUUUCUCGGUCUAGUGCAAAAGCUGAGUACAGGGGUGUUGCUAAUGUGGUAUCUGAAUCUUGUUGGUUUCGCAACCUUCUCUUGGAGCUUCAUUUCCCACUCUCUCAGGCUACCUUGGUGUAUUGUGAUAAUGUCGCUCGUGGCCAGGCACGCGUCCUUCAUGUUCCUUCUCGUCACCAGAUUGCUGUCGUCUUCACCAAAGGUCUACCUCGUGUUCUUUUUGAUGAUUUCCAGAUCAGUCUAAACGUCCGUGAACCUCCCGCUUCGACUGAGGGGGUGUAA